AUGGAUGGAGGAGGAGGAGGAGGAGGAGGAGGGAGUCGAAGAGGCCAUGCACGGACCCAUAUUUCUGAUGUUAUAAGAGCAACUUUGGUGGACCAUGUCAUCAACCAUGGCCUGACCAUGAGGGAAGCUGGGCAGAGAGCCCACCCACAUCUAAGCCGCUUCACAGUGGCAUCUGUAAUAAGAACAUUCCGACUAGAAAACAGAAUGACUCGAAGACCUGGGGGAGGACGCCAACGCCUGUUCACACAACAGCAGGAACUUGCCGUUGUGGACCUAGUGAGGGCAGACAAUGCCAUCCGUCUCCACCAGCUACGAAAGACAAUACUUGCAGACAGGCAAGUGUUCAACAACAUAAACCAUGUAAGCAUCACCACCAUCAGACGCAUCUUGGGAAAACACAGCAUCACCAUGAAGCAGCUCUACAGAGUCCCAUUUGAGAGGAACAGUGACAGGGUCAAAGGACUUCGAGCUGAAUAUGUACGGAGAAUCUUGGCCAUGGAUGGAGCUGCACAGCCUCAUGAAUUCAUUUUCAUUGAUGAAGCUGGAUUCGACCUGUGCAAAACAAGACGACGGGGUCGUAAUGUAAUUGGCCAAAGGGCAAUUGUGCACAUGCCAGGGCAGCGCGGGGGAAAUAUCACAUUGUGUGCCGCCAUAAGCCUUCGAGGGCUUCUGCAUCAUCAUGCAAAACUAGGUCCAUACAAUAGCCAACAUAUUUCUAACACAUUUCUAGAUGCUCUCCAUAAUAUAGUUGUACAGAACAGACCAGAUCAGCCCAGGUUUUUGGUGAUAUGGGAUAAUGUCAGUUUCCAUCGGGCUGCUCUGGUCCAGGCCUGGUUCUCCAACCACAAUCAACUUGAAGUUGUAUACUUGCCCCCUUACUCACCAUUUUUAAACCCUAUAGAGGAAUUUUUUUCGGCUUGGAGAUGGCAUGUAUAUGACCGCCAACCACAUGCCCGCAUGCCUCUUCUGCAGGCAAUGAAACAGGCCUGCGGCGACAUUCAGGUGACAGCAAUCCAUGGAUGGUUUCGACAUGCAAGAGGAUAUUUUCCCCGGUGCCUAGCAGGAGAAGACAUUGCUUGUGAUGUUGAUGAGGUCCUGUGGCCAGACCCCAACAGACGGCGGGAUCCAUGAGCCCACGUAUGCACAAUUGUCAUGAUUUUUUGUGUUUACAGUAUAGUGUUUUUUCUAUUACUGUAUUAUGUUUUGUUUUUUUUUGCUUUAUCUGACUUCAUGGUACUGCAAUGUACAAUAUUGAGUAGGCCUAUUUGCUUUUUUGGUUGUUUGAAAAUGUGUCUCCUGCAAAUAUGCCUUCUGAAUAAACAAUGACAAUCAAGGACUGCAGUGUUUUAUAUAAAGUAGACUAGUGUGUUCCCCCUGAUCUGAAAGUGUUUGCAUUUGAUGCAAGUAUGUGUCAUUUUGUCAACAGAGCUACAUUGUGCGAUGAUAAAACAGGUCAGGAUGGUUAAUAAUGU